AUGGAUCCUGACUCAUCUAUUAUUACUGAUCCUGAAUCAUCUUUAGUUAUAGAUGAUUAUAAUGAAAUAUAUGAUACGUUGUCUUCUCCAGAGUUAGAGACCAAUUCAACUUCAACUUUGACUAACAAUGCAAGAAAACCAUCGCCCUUAUGGUUUUAUUUUGAAUUUAAAGCCGAAGAGCCUAAUCACCCAAUAUGCAAGAAAUGCAGUAUCAAAUUUUCAGAUAAAACUGGAAACUCAAGUCUAGAAAAACAUUUGAGUCUUGGAACUGGUUCUGGACCAAGUUCUGAACUGAACCUAGACUAA